CAUGCAUGUGCAGCUCCGGGAGCGCGCAGCGCGGCGAUCGGCAGUGCACUGUGUCCCUCGGACACAGUGGAUCACCGAUCAACAGUAAGAGCCGAAGAUGUCAGCUCUGUCAUGUGAUCAGCUGUGUCCAAUCACAGCUGAUCACAUGAGAGCCGGUAAUCGGCAUUCCUCAGAAGGGACAUGUACACUGAUUAUCAGUGUGCCCUGAUGAUCUGUGUAGCCCCUUCAGUGCCACCUGUCAGUGUCCAUCAGUGCCACAUUUCAGUGCACAUCAAUGCCACAUAUCAGUGCCCAUCUGAGCUGCCGUUCAGUGUCACCCAUCAGUGCCACCUAUCAAUGCCAGUCAGUGCCGCCUAUAAGUGUCAGUCAGUGCCGCCUAUCAGUGUGCAUCAGUGCCGCCUAUCAGUGCUGCCCAUCAGUGCCGCCUAACAGUGCCAGUCAGUGCUGCCUAACAGUGCCAGUCAGUGCUGCCUUUCAGUGCCCAUCAUUGAUGCCUUUCAAUGCCCAUCAGUGCCACCUACCAGUGCCUCAUCAG